AUGGACAUCAGUGGGAAGCAGAAUACGUUGUCCUUCUUCGGACAUCAGCUCAAAUUGGAUUCGGAAGAAGAAAUCGAAAAAGUGGUGAACCUAAUCUCGAAACAUGCGAAUUUGGAAAUUCUCGAUUUCCGUGGCAACACAAUCAGCGUCGACGCAGGAAAACGAAUUGCCGAAGCUCUCAAAAAGAGGAAAGAACUGAGAGAAUGUUUAUGGAGUGAUAUGUUCACUGGACGACUCAAACACGAGAUUCCCCUUGUUUUGGAUUAUUUCGGUGAAGCGUUGACGGCUUCUCGAUGUCAUUUGACGACGUUGGAUCUGUCGGAUAACGCGUUUGGCGCCGGAUUAAGGGAUUCACUUUUCAAUUUUCUCCAGUCUCCAGCACUGUUUUCUCUCGAGAAUCUGAUUUUGAACAAUAAUGGACUCGGUUUGGCGGGAGAAACUGUCGGAGAGGCACUCUGUGAGUUGAUUGCGACGUCGAGGAAGGAGGGAAGACCACUGAAAUUGAAGAAAUUCGUUUGUGGAAGGAAUCGAUUGGAAAUUGUGUCGACGAUUGCAUUGACAAAUGCAUUCAUUAUGAUGAAAACACUUGAAGAAAUUCGUCUUCCACAAAACGGAAUCGGCGGUGAAGCGAUCAAAGCACUCGCUCAGGCGUUCGCAGCGAAUCCGAAUCUUCGAGUGAUUGAUAUAAACGAUAACUUCGUCUGCCCAGAAGGAGCUCUCGAACUGGCUGAAGUCCUUCCAGAACUUCAUCAUAUUCAAGUUUUGGAUCUCGGAGAUUGUGUCUGUGAUGAUCCUGGAGUUGUGGCGAUUCUCUCGGGUCUCGAUAGAAGACGUGAUUGUCUUCAGAAAGUUGUGUUAAGUGGAAAUAAUAUCACGUCGGAUGUCAUUGAUGCUAUCGGAGAUUUCUUCAAUUCCGCCAGAAUGUCUCAUGUCCACGUAGACAUAUCAUUCAACAUGUUUGGUGAGGAUUUCGAUUCAGCAAAAGCGAGACACGGAAGAGGAAAUAUUGACUUUGGAAGACGUGGAGACGACGAGUUGUUGUCUUCAGAUGGAGAGGAACAAGGGGCGGAGGAUGCCAGUAUGGAAGAGGGUCAAUUUUCUGAUGUUCUCAACACUUCUGGCAACACAGUAAUCGAGCGAUCACCAGCAGACGCUGUUCUCGCCGAAAACAUGAUGAAUGAAAUGUUGACACGUGGAUUCGGAUGCUUCAAAAUCUCGGAUUCCGAUCAAUCAGCACCAAACGGAGGUCUCGUCACAUUCCUCGACAAAUCGCUGAAAUUGGAUACGGCUGAAAGUGCGGAACAAGUGGUCAAACUGAUCAACUCGGCGAAAACAAUGAAAGCGUUGGAAUUACGUGGAAAUACACUUGGAAUUGCGGCGGGAAAUGUGAUUGCGAAGGCACUGGAGAAACAUCCGGAACUUGAACGAUGUCUUUGGAGCGAUCUGUUCACCGGAAGACUUAAAAAUGAGAUUCCACCGAUUUUGGAGGCGUUAGGAAAGGCCAUGAUUAAGGCUGGCUGCAAAAUUCGCGAACUCGACCUCUCCGACAACGCAUUCGGACCGAUUGGAGCAGAUGCUCUUAAGGAAUUCCUCGAAUCUCCAUCUGCCUACACACUGGAAGUUCUGAAAUUGAAUAAUAAUGGAUUGGGUGUUGGUGGAAAACAAAUUGCCAAAUCUCUGACUGAAUGUCUCCGUAAAUCGAUUGCAGUCGGUGGAGAGAAUCGUCUUCGAUUGAAGACUUUCGUCGCCGGAAGAAAUCGAUUGGAGAAUCCGGGAGCUCAUGCGUUGGCUGCGACUUUCAAGUCUCUUGAGACAGUCGAAUGGUUUGAUGUCCGUCAAAAUGGAAUCCAUGAAGAGGGAAUCCGUGCUCUGGUCACUGCUCUGAAACACAAUAGAAACCUGCGUCAUCUGUGGCUUGAAGACAAUACAGUACUACCGAAAGGAGCGAAAGCGCUGGCGAGAGCUCUUGAAUCAUGGCCGAAACUCGAGGUUUUGAAUCUCUCGGAUUGUCUUCUUCGUGACGCCGGAUGCAAUUAUGUCAUCGAUCAUCUGAAUCCUCAGCUUCAUCGUCAUCUGAAACACGUCUAUUUGUGUGGAAAUGAGUUGACACCUCCCGUGGCGAAACUUCUGAUUCAGAAGUGGAUUCAGAAGUUUGAUGGAUUCACACCGAAACCCACUCUCCAUAUUCACACGAAUUCAUUCGGUGACGAGUUCGAUGAGGUCGCUGCGAUGGCUCCGGAUAAUGUGAAUGUUGGAGAUGUCGACGAUGAUUUGGGAAGUUUGGACGGCGAUCAGGAGGAGUACAAUAGCAAAUCGUCGGAUUCAGAUGACGCCGAUUUGGAUUCUGAUGGAGAUGACGUUGUGUCAGAUGAUGACGACGACGAUGAUGAUGAUGGUGUUCAAGUCAUUGAAACAAUCGAUCAUCUGAAGCAAGCGAUGGAUCGUAUCGAUCAGUUGGAUAUCGAUUUUGAGAGCAGAUUCCAGGAAGACACCGCCCGUGUCAUUCUUCAACUUUCCGCUCCUUUGAAGAGUUGUGGAAUGAGUUUGCAGGCGUUUGGGAGAGCUGUUGAAGUGGCGGAAAACAUUGUGAAACGAGUGGAAGCGGUGAAGCGCAACCCGAUUCCAGCCACCACUCAACUCAUCAACAACAUUGUGGCACAGUGCCAAGGAACUGGUGUCAAGGCCGAGUCGGAUUGGGGAUACAAUGCGGACACCCAAGUGAUCUCUCGUCUGCUUGCGGAACUCGUGAAGCGUGGACACUUUGAGCACGAAAAGCCACUCAUUGAGAGAUUCUUUCCCUCGAAGUGA